AUGGCUCCAAAUCACGAAACGAAGGAAGAAAACAAUACCGGUACUGUUGAAUUGCUUCAUACGAAGCAGGAACUACAACACCUUGAGGGAAUAGAUCUCUAUGGCAUUUUAACUAGCCUCAUGAUUGCGACUUUUUUAAUUUCCCUAGAUGUCUCCGUGAUCGCAACAGCAAUCCCGUCUAUAACGAGCCAGUUCCAUGCGGGAACCGAUAUUGGGUGGUAUGGAGCAACUUACCCUCUCACCAUGUGUUCCCUGCAACCACUCAGCGGGAAGAUCUCAACGAUCUUCUCAUCACGAUGGUCGUACUUGGUUUUCUUUGCCACAUUUCUCCUAGGAUCUUUGCUUUGCGGGCUUGCCACUAGCUCCCAAAUGUUCAUUAUUGGAAGAGCAGUAGCAGGUAUUGGUGGCUCUGGGGUUGUCUCUGGAGGCCUCUCAGUUAUUGCAAUUGUAACACCAACCCGUCAAAGACCAUUAUUCACAGGGCUUAUGACCUCACUUUAUGCCCUUGGAACUGUUGUUGCGCCUAUAAUUGGGGGCGCAUUUGCCAACAAUAUUACCUGGAGAUGGUGUUUCCUUAUCAACUUGCCUGCUGGAGCUCUGACCAUUGUUACUCUGCUGUUGUUCUGCCAUCCACCAGAGGAUGCUUCAAAAGAACAGAGUGGAAGCAUCAUCCAGAAAGCUAAGCAAUUGGAUAUGAUAGGUUGCGCAUUGUUCAUACCAUCAAUCAUUAUGGUGAUGCUAACUAUGGAGUGGGGUGGUGGACAAUAUGCCUGGAAUUCUCCCACAAUCAUUGGACUCAUUGUCGGCUUCGCCGCGGAGAUGGUUGUUUUCGUACUCUGGGAGAUACGUAAAGGAGAUCAAGCAAUGAUCCCCUUCUUAGUCCUGGGAUAUCAAUCUGUCAUUUUUAGCAUUCUAUUUGCAUUUUGCUUCAUGGGGUCUUUCGUCAUUCCAGUCUAUUAUCUUCCUGAGUGGUUUCAGGUUGUCGAGGCUGCAAGCCCUAUUCGGAGCGGUGUUAUGCUCCUGCCUUCAGUUUGUACUCAAAUUUCUGGCUCACUCUUGUCCGGGAUAUUGGCCAAGUUCGUGAGAUACUACAAUCCUUGGUUCUUCGCUGGAUCCACACUCCUUUGCAUCGCCACAGGGUUGUAUACUACUUUUACGGCUUUCACAACCUCAUCGGCUCAUUGGAUUGGGUUCCAGGUAAUCCAGGGCCUAGGAUGCGGCUUUGCAGCCCAGAUGCCUCUUCUCAUGGUCCAACAUGUCCUUAGAGAGAAGCCCGCGCACAUCCCCCUUGGUAUUUCUACGGUUCUUUCCGCUCAAUACUUUGGUAGUGCAGUGAUGCAGAGCAUUGGUGGAACUAUCUUCACAAACAGGCUAAUCAUGGAACUAACCUCAAGUGCAGGUUUGAGUCGUGAACAGGUCAAUAUGCUGCUUGGCGCAGGGAACUCGAAGGUGCAGGAGAUGACUAGCCAGAAUUUCCCUGACCAUCUAGACGGUGUCAUCAUAGCAUACAAUGAUGCCAUCACAAGUGUAUUCUAUGUUGCAGUUGCCGGGAGCGGGUUGGCUGUUUUACUUGCUACUGGAAUCCAAUGGAGAGAUAGAACCGAGAGCAUUGUGAAGGCGCUGAACCAAGUGAAGAUAUUUUAG